AUGGUUAUGGUCAACUUCACCCUGUUCGCAUUCAUUAAAUUCUGCAUUUUCGGUGAAAAUUCUUGGAUUUUGAUAUCGGUUGUGUUGGCAAUCUACAUCUACCAAAUCGAUGUGUUCUCUUCCCUCAAACAAACGCAUGCGGACAUCCGGACAUCCAUGGUCACCCUGGACACCCGUGUGGCUUCCUUGUACCCUAAGGGUAAUCCCCACUUGAAAUCCGUCGAAAAAAUCCGAUGGCUCGGUUUCUUCGGCGUGUAUUUCAUGAUGAUCUACGCAUGGUUCAAUGUGAGAUACGAGAUUGAGGUCUCGGUUGAGGUUAUGAUGGUUUCUAUUGCGAUGUACUUCUCCAUCUACUACUACACCGAGAUGCAUGUUCUCGAGGAGGAAAAGAAGGAGUUGGAUGUUGGAAUUCAGCAACUCUCAAAAAGUAUCGAUUUUCUGAAGAAUAAUAAGGAUCUCGAAGAUUUUGAUCUCGGAGACGAUGAACAAGAGGGGGCGGAGCCAACGGAGGGGAAAAAAGGGGCGGAGCUUGAAGAGCCUGACUUCCACCACUUCAUCUGUCUUGUUUUGCUGUGUGUUGAGAUGGUUUUCGAGAUUUUCGUGAUCAAUUGGAGUCAAUAUGCGCUCCUUUUCUUCGUCUACAUCAUGAAUCAACGUGUCAUUCUUCUACAAUCUGAGAGAAUAACCCGUGAGCUAAAGGAUAUCGAAGGAAAGGUCCAGGGAAUUCGUGAUGGAAUUUUGGAGCUGGAAAUGGAUACGGAGGGAUUCAAAACUGAUAGAUUGGAAGAAAACAACGCCGGAAUUCGUAUCGUUUUCAUUGAGUGA